AUUUGCAACCCCGCCUCAACAUAACACGAAAGCAGCCGAGUUGACAUUUCUUGGUUGGAUUACGAGAUGAAUCGACUGUCCUCGGGGCAACCACAAGUACUGUUAACUAAAGCAAUUCUUAUUAUCAUUAAAGCCUUGUUUCUUGAUUUAGGUUCAAUUUUAGAUUUCGGGUUUGAUCCCUGUUACACAAUUUCUUUCAUUUUCUUCGAACUGGCAGUAAAAAAGGAAGGUUUCAAAAUUAAUUUUUUAUUUAUAUUUGAUAACUUAUUAGCGUUAUAAUUGUCGGAAGUCAGUUUGGAUUUUGUUCAUAUUCGAAAAUAAUCACGAAUAUCAUUUGAUUUUUUGGCUAAAGUGAAGUUCAAAAGUUCCUCCCAAGAUAUUUCCAUCCUUUUGCAGCUACACAAUGUGUUUGUAAACAAGAGGCCUCAUUCUACAAAACGAAGGUGUGCAAGGGGGACGAUUUGACCGCUUCAAAUGUUUGUUUAGUUAAUCGGCAGUUUUCCUUUGCUCUCAUAUGCUUUAUUAUUGUUUUUGUUGUUUUGUUUUUUGCGAAGAAAUACAAAAUAGAGACAGUACGCAUACACAUACACAAGUUAAACACAUUGAAGGUCGACGACUGCAUGUGCGCCUGUAAAUAUGCUUCGAUAAAUCCACAACAACUCGCUGUGAACGAUGAGAUGGCGAACCACCAUGCUGAAAGCACGCCACAUGGCCAACCAAGGUGGCGGGGGAUGAGAUUUUUGUUCACAGAUUUCCUCCCACAGGAUUUGUGCUGCGCCCGAGUAUAGAUACAAAUGGACGAGAGUUGUAAAGAUGCGAAAAUUCGCUGGAGCAAAUAGUAAAAAUAACAGAAAGAACAGUGUGCUUUUGGAAGCGCGAGUGGCAGCAAUGAAAAUUUUGCAGACGUCUUGUGCAAUAUUCUAUUUUGCGAAAAAUGUGUGCUAAAUAAAUAAAUGAAAAAAAUGAUAAUUAAUCUUUAGGUUUGUCGUUCGUAAAGGUAUUAAAUUAUAGUGGAAUUUAAUUUGAUAAAUUUCAUGCUUAGAGUGUUGGGGAUAGCAAUAGUACAAAUGCCCCGACAGGUGAACAUUUUGGUUGUGGCAAAAUUGAUGACGAAAAUGCAAAUGUGUGCUUAGUGCUUUUGCGGUCAACAAGCUGAAAUAAUAGGGUGUAACCACAGCGUCAUUGCAUCGUGAAUAACGGCGAGGAAUAGUGUGUAUUUAUGUUGCUGCUACGAUGGAGACAUGCAGAACCUGUGCGAGAUGUGAUUUUGAGGACGAAACCAAAUGGUUCGACUUAUUUCACACAACGCGUUGUACGAGAGAAAUUGAAGAGAUGCGUGUGGAGUUCAAUAAUUGGCAUUUGCAGAUUUCACCCAACGACGGAUUGCCACAGAAAAUCUGUUCCGAUUGCUUUUCGAAAUUUUGUAAUGUGUUUACCUUUCGCAUGCAAUGCCAGCAAGCACAAGUGAAGCUAAAUAAUAUAUUCGAUAAGAUCGAAACACAAAGUAUGGACGAUGACCGCUUCGAGGAUAAUCUUGAAGAAUUAAGUGCUCAGCUGUUGCGAAUUGUAGAGGAAAAUGAACGACAAAUAACGAAUUCAACUUAUAACGAACAAAACUGCCAAAUAGUUGAUUGUACUGCCGCUGGUGUUGACACCACCGUUUCGCCCAAUGCUACUCCUUCAGCUGCUGCCAUAGUGAUGUUGGAUAUGCUUGAUGAAAAUAGUGCUAACAAUUACACCACCACCGCCACGGCAACGACUGGAUCCAGUGGAGUGUGUGAGAGAGUCGAACAGUAUACUGAUGACAUUUUAACAGUCCAAACAGAGGUUUCACCCAAAACAAUCGAAGACUCUUUCUUGGCAAAAACAAUUUCAAUAACAAAUGAAAAUAAUGCAACUGCUGCCACCAUAACUGAAGCUAACAUUUACACUGCCGGCGUUGAAUGUCAAAGUGAAGCGGAAAUGCAAAUGACAAAGUUGACGACUGUAACUGUUAAAACAAUGGCAGUCGAUAAAGAAGUGGAAGAGGUAAUAGUAAAAGAAGGAAAUAAAAACGAAAAUGAAAUAGAAUUAAAAAUGGAACACGAAGAGGACGAUAUAAGCGAGCAAAUACAUUUACACGUAGAUGAUAUAAUUGAAGAAGAUUUUACGCUCGAUGAUCAACUGGUGGAGGAGAAGGCAGAUACAACAUUAAGUGCAGACAGAUCAUUGGACCGUGUCCUUGCUCAAGAUGGCUGCUAUUUAAAUGUAAUGAGCGGAAAUGUGUCACAACCUGAAGGUUAUGCCGAAGAAAGUGUGCCUUUUGCGGAAGCUGUUGAAGAUGAGAAUGACCUUUAUGAAGAAGAUGAAGGAGUAUUGGAAGCAUUCGAACCCGUCACACUCCCAACGAAUACCUACAAUACAAAUAACAAUACUAUUUUAGCAUCACAAUAUGUUAUUCACUCGUCUGCAACGAACAAUGGCUACAGUCAAACAGUGGGCCAACCACCGGAUGUUAGCAUUGUUUAUGAGUGUAAAUACUGCCACAAAACCAAAGAUACGCCAAGCACUCAUUUCGAAACUCAACAGACAUUACUCGAGCACAUAACACACAUGCACAAUGCCGAGUACCCAUUUACAUGCCCGCAACGCGGUUGUACGGAGGGUUUUCGCGACGCCGCCUCACGCACGGUCCACAUGAAAAGCGAGCAUGUGGCCAAACAUUAUGAGUGUGAUGUGUGCGGCAAAAAGUAUGCCGAUCGCUUUAACUUACGCCAUCACUACGAGAAAUUCCACAGCGAGACCGAUUUUGGGUGUGACACUUGCGAUAAACGUUUCUAUUCGCGUAAAAGUCUUAAUUACCAUAUGAAGUGGCACAAUCCGGAAUUGUUGUUGCACUGUAGUCACUGCGAUCGUUUGUUUAUUAAUCAGCGACACUUGAAGUGUCACGAAGAAACGCACAACGGGGUGAGGAAUAGUGAAUUUUGUACGUUUUGUGGUAAAACGUUCAUUCACUUGAAAACUUUGCGUUGGCAUUUGUAUCGACAACAUGGCGGCGAAAAACCAUACAAGUGCGGCCACUGCACUGAGGUUUUCGCCUCGUAUCUGGAGAAGCGCAUACAUAUGCUGGAGAAUCAUUUGGAGAACCUCACAACCAUCGAACGCACCGAAUGCAUGCUCUGCCGUGAACGCUACGAAGAUGAACGCGAGCUGAGCGAACACAUACGUAGCAAACAUGUUGAAAGGCCGAAGUCUUCCGUGCUGCUAAUAGCGAACAAUAAACGAGUGGUGCGCAGUAAGCGACAGAAGAAUUAUAGUGGAAUCUUCCAGUGUGAUAUUUGCGCCCAGCGUUUCAAUAUGAAAUCGGCAUUGGAGCGACACGCGGCGGUGCAUUCAAGUAUUGGCAGGCCACACAAAUGCCCAGUGGAGUCGUGUGCGAAGCGUUUCAAGCGUGCGCAGGAUAUGAAUUGGCACAUGAAGACGCAUUCGAACGAGAAGCCGAACAUUUGCGAUGUAUGCGGCAAAGGAUUUGCCCUGAAAUAUGUGCUGAAUCAGCACAAGCGGAGCCAUGAAGUUCUUGAGAAAAAUUUCAAAUGCGUGAUCUGCGGACGUGCCUAUCUCUUUGAGAAAUCGCUGCGUGUGCAUGAACGAGUACACACGGGUGAUACCUACUACCGCUGCGAUUUGUGUGGCGAAAACUUUGUUACGCACAUGAAAUUCAAAACUCAUAUGAUGAAAAAACAUGAUCCGGAGACAACAAAUCUUGAGGAUUACAAUUUGGAUGCCUUUGAGGAACAGCUAUAUGAACAGUAGAUGGACAAGAAUUAUUUUAUAUGCACUAACUACUGUGAGCAAAAAAUAGUAAGACUUUCUUCAUAAGUUUAAAAUUCAUAAUUUAUUCCUGAAAUUCUAUGUCGUCCCCUACAAAGUAAUGCAUAUUGGUCCCAGUACACUUAUGCCAACGUUUUUUCGAAUCCUUGAAACGGCUGUUAAAGUAAAUUUGUCGUCUUCAA